AUGAAGCAGUUCCACAAGGUCGUAUUCAAGCCCGACUCGCAGUCCACCGACGAGUUCAUGGUGAUCGUCAACGGCGACGAGUACAAGAAGUGGAUCAAGGGCGACAAGACCAUCCCUCUCGCCGACGUUGUUGACUCGUUCGACGUCUUCCACACCGGCACGGGCGCACAGGGAAUCAUGGGUCGUCCCUCCAAGCAGCUCCUCGACACGGUCUUCGAGAGCCACAAGGACGUCGAUGUGGUCACCCACAUCCUCGAGCGAGGCCAGCUCCAGACCGCCUCGCAAAAGGAGGCCUACUCGACAACCAACGAUGCAAAGCAAGGUCAGAACACCACCUCCAAAGGAUCCGGCGCCGGUUUCGGUGGCCGAUAA